CGUGUGCUAAGCUAGUAGUCAUCUCACAUCUCAUCCAUUCUUUUUCUCAUCUUCUUCUUGCUUCCAUCGCAACAGCAGCAGAGCAGCUACUACUAGUUGAUCUCACUUGAGAGAAAGGGAUCCAUCCAUCCAUCCAUCAAGAUGGGGAAGAAGAGCAAGAACGGCGGCGGAGGAGGAGGCGAGAAGAAGGCGACGACGACGGAGGUGGUGCUGACGGUGGCCAUGCACUGCAAAUGCAAUGGCUGCAAGGACAAGAUCCGUAAUGGCGUCAAGGAACUCGCCCUCGUCCCAGGGGUGGAGGCGGUGGACAAGUCGGCGGUGGAAAGCAAAGGGGAGGUGAGGCUGGUGGUGGCGGCCGCGACGGCGAAGCCCGAGAAGCUCAAGGACCGCCUCCACAGGGUCACCGGCAAGAAAGUCGACCUCCUCGUCAUCGCGCCGCCCAAGCCUGCCGCCGCCGCCGACGACGACGACAAGGCCGCCGCCGCCGAAGCGGUUGCCGCGCUGAUCAGGCAGGCGCAGGCGCAGGCGGGCGUCCACGUCGUCCCGGGCGCGUGGGCGGGCGGCGGCGCGGUGGCGUACCCGGCGUGGGGAAUGCAGCAGCCGGAGGGCGGGUACUACUACUCGCCGUCGACUUACCCUGCAGGCGGCUUGGUCUACCCCUACGCGGCGGCGUAUCCACCUCCCGGUCAGCAGCUGCUCGGCAAUGGCGGCGGCGUGGUGUCGCCAUGGUACACUCAUGGCUACUAGCUUAGUAGUACAUUAAUUCGUAGUAUUAGCGAUGUUUGUUUUGUAAUUAGUGAUACAGUACGAGCUAGUACUUGUAUCCAGAUGAGUAUCAGUAGUGGAUCGAGCAGGAGAGUACUCCAGUUAGUAAUGGUGGUUGUCAUCUAUAGUUAAUUUUGGUGGGGUGAUGAGGCUCAUGUGUGUGCACAUGUAGUGGUGGUUAUAACAAGUGUGUUAAAUCUCUGUCUCAUCGGAACUGAUGGUAUUAUACGUAGAAUCGCGAUCGUAUUCGGCUGGCAGUUGCCACCUUCCCCCUGUUUGAAAUCAUCA